AACAAAAAAGACGCGCGAAAGUUUUAGUUGGACUUGAAUUUUCAUUGUUGCUAAAUUGCUAAAUAAUAGUGUUUAAAUGCAGAUGGAAACCCGUUUGGAAGUGCGCCUGCGUGAGCCGAAUGCCUUGUUUACCCGCUGGCUUGAACGCUGGCUGCGAGAAGCGGAGAGGCGUCAGCAGAAGUCGCAGUUCAAACUCCGCCAGGCGCUAGAGUCUCUGAAAAGCUAUCCGCUUCCCUUGGCGAGUGGGCGCGAUUGCUCGAUUUUGCGGGGAUUUGGAGGUUCACUCUGCCAGUUGAUCGACGAAGAGCUGCGUCAGCAUCGAGGCCUGCAGUUGGUGCCCCGGGAGGACAAAGUCCAAGAACACUACGAGCAGCAAGUGCAGGAGGUCGUCCGCCAGGUACAAGAGAAGCAACUGGUUGUCCAGAAUAAAAAGGUCAAGCCCAAAAAGCCCACAAAAAAGGAGCAGUUGGAAUUGGCGGCCCUUGAGGAGCGGGAGCGCCAGGUGGAGAUGAAUCCAGGUGAAUUCAAGUUACUGCUUUUAGUCGACACCCAGGAGACGAGUGGCAAAAACAAGAGGGUGCUAGACCAAACGAGAAACUACCUGGAGUCGCUGGGCGUUCGUCACGAAGUGCGUCGUCUCACCAUUGGCGAUUUUCUCUGGAUAGCUCAGGAUCAAAAGGGCAACGAGCUCGUCUUGCCCCACAUUAUAGAGCGCAAGCGAAUGGAUGAUCUGGCAUCAAGUAUUCGCGACGGUCGCUUCCACGAACAGAAGCACAGGCUGCAGCAGAGCGGCCUGAGAAACAUCGUCUACCUGGUGGAGGAUUACGGAGACAAUGAGCAACUGGGUCUGCCCCUGGACUCCUUGCAGCAGGCUCUGGCAAACGCUAGGGUUCAAACUGGUAUCCAGGUUGUGCGCACGGAGAACCACUACCGAUCCAUGAGUUAUUUGGCUGGGAUGGGUCGCUCCCUGGGCCAGAUCUUCGCCAGCAAAAGGCUGUAUAGCGUAGAUCGCACAGACAAAUCGUCUUGCCUACUUUUGGAUUCCCAGUUGGGAUUACUCAAGUUCCGAGCCCUCUACGAGGAUUCUGCUAAAAACGCCCAGCUUACAGUGAGAGAGGUCUUUGUGCAACAGUUGCUGCAACUGCAUUCUCUCUCCCUCGAGCGAGCCAUGGCCAUCGUGGAGCGAUACCCAACACCACGCUGCCUGCUAGAUGCCUACGAAGAGUGUACAGAGCCAAAACAGGCCAGACUUCUCCUCUCCGGCAUCCCAUGUGGUCCUCUGGGACGUCCGCUGGGUGAAAAAAUUAGCCAGUGCCUGCACGAGUUCUACACCACACAGUUUCGUUAG